AGUGCCCUUUUUACCCCACCACACCACCCCACCUGUGGCCUCCAAAGAAGUGAAACCACAACGCACCAGCGAGCGCUUCGGUGGAGAGAGGAAGGGCUUUCGCUUCGACGGCGUCCUCGAGGAGUUCACCAUGGGGAGCUUGAUUGACGAAGCAGAAACUGGGGAGCAGCCACUGGACCCGAAGCCAUUGCACUCACUGGCGCCGAUGUUCCCUACCCCUCCCGGGUAUGAUGUGGCAAUAUCUGACCCACCAUUCUUCUACAUCACACCAAUACAGCAACACCCUGGGCCGGGUGCAGCUUCAUUUGCUGGGCCGCCACCACAGCAACACCCUGGGCCAGCUCCAGCUUCAUCUGCUGGGCCGUCACCAGGGCCAGGGUCCGCAGUUCCUCUCAAGGCCACACCAAUCUCGGCAGCAUUUCCCGCGCGGCGACCCAAAGAGGAACUGUCGGAUGAAGACUACACUCCUGCUUCCGAGAAGAGGAAACCAUCUUCAUCUUCACCCAAGAGGACAGCCAAGAAGGUUCGGCAGGCUGGAGACUCCACUGCAGUCAACACCAAGCAGAGACCGAUCAGGAGGAGCCUCAGCAAGGAGCUCGCCGGCUGGCCCUCCACAUCGGACAACCCAAGGGAGGCGGUGGAAGCGACCAUGGCCAUGUUCGACUCGCUCCGGCGCCGGACGCUGCAGCUGGAUGAGAAGGAGGGCUUGGGCAGGCGCGCCGACCUCAAGGCCAGUGUUCUCAUGAACCAGAACAACCUGAAGAUCAACAGCCUCAAGACGAUAGGCCCCGUCCCGGGCGUCGAAAUCGGAGACAUCUUCUUCUACAGGAUUGAGAUGUGCAUCGUGGGGUUGCAUGCGCCAUCCAUGGCCGGCAUCGACUACCUGUCGGCUAAGCUUGCCGGGAGGGACGAGAGCCUGGCCGUGAGCAUCAUCUCGUCCGGCGGAUACGAGAACGUCGAGGAUGAGACCGACACCCUGGUGUACACGGGCCAAGGAGGCAACAGCCGGCGCAAGGACAAGGAGAAGCACGACCAGAAGCUGGAGAAAGGAAACCUUGCUCUCAGCAACAGCGCCAGCAAGAAGAACCAGAUCAGGGUGGUGCGCAGUGCGCGGGACCCUUUCUCCAUCACAGCAGGCAAGGUUUACAUCUACGAUGGGGUGUAUCGCAUCGAGGACUCCUGGAUGGACACGGCCAAGAGCGGGUUCAGCGUGUUCAAGUACAGGCUGAGGAGGGAGCCGGGGCAGCCUGACGGAUUUUCAGUCUGGAAGAUGACAGACAAGUGGAAGGCGAACCGUGCCACAAGAGAGAAUGCCAUGGUGCUGGAUCUAUCAUCAGGGGCUGAGAUCCUGCCUGUGUGCCUUGUCAACGAAGUCGACGGCGAAAGGGGGCCGAGCCACUUCAAGUAUGUCACCGGAGUGAAGCACUCGAGACCUCUUAGUAGGAACAGGCCAUUGCACCACUGUGAGUGCACUAGUGUGUGCAUGCCAGGUGACCCCAAUUGUUCGUGCGCGCGGCAGAAUGGCGGCGAUCUUCCCUACAACUUAGACGGGGUGCUCGCGAGGCAUGUUCCGAUGCUUUACGAGUGCUCUCGUGACUGCCAUUGUACCAAGGACUGUCGAAACAGGGUUGCACAGAGAGGUGUUCAGCUCAACUUCGAGGUUUUCAGGACCAGAGACCGUGGAUGGGGCCUCCGAUCAUGGGACCCGAUCCGUGCCGGCGCAUUCGUUUGCGAGUACGCCGGUCAAGUCAUGGACGAAACCAACAUGAGCAUGGAUGUCCAGGAGGACGAGUACACCUUUCGCACAACAUGUCCAAAUGACAAGGCUGUAAGAUGGAACCUGGGUGCAGAGUUGCUUGAGGAAAAAGGUGCAGAUGAUGCCACAGCUGAGAGGUUUAAGAGACUUCCUGUCGUCAUAAGUGCAAAGGAUGCUGGCAACGUUGCUCGUUUCAUCAACCAUAGCUGCUCCCCGAAUCUACUCUGGCAGGCUGUGCAAUAUGACCAUACCGAUAACAGUUAUCCGCAUAUCAUGUUCUUCGCCAUGAAACAUAUCCCUCCCAUGACUGAGCUGACAUAUGAUUAUGGCAUAAGAGGGGCUCCUCCGGGCAUCAAGGGGAAAUCUCCCCUGGCUUGCAAGCUCAGGCCAUGCUUAUGUGGAUCUGCAAACUGUCGAGGAGUACAUCGCGGCUGGGCGGUCCAGCGGAGUAGCCAGCGUCUCUGUAUUUUGGACAAGGGAGCAUUCAGAGCGUGUCAUGUGCAAAUCAUGCAGCAGCUGUCAUCUAUAAGACAUGAUGAGCCCAGGCGCCACCUCUUCCUGCCACCGCCGUUGCCGCCACCACAUCCAUCGAUUCCGGCCGGAAUAGAACUGGAAGGUGACUUCGCUACCCCGUCGUCCGCUGCCGCCAACCGCAUCAAGAAAGAGGUUGGGGACGAAGAACAUGUUGCGGACUGCCGCCCCGUCGAUGAAGCGGGCAUCAAGGCCCCAAACGGUCGUGACGAUGCUCGGUCACCCUCGCGCUGGUCCGGUCGGCGGCAAGCGGGCGAGGAAGCCAACGAAGGCGAUGAAGACGCUUACCAGCCGAGGACCAUGGCCGCCAAGAGCUCGAUGAUUUUCCGAAGGGAACCACCCGAAGCAUCCACGGAAAUACUUUUCCACCGCCGCAACCUUCUUGGGGCCUUUUCCGACAUCCUGCCGGAGGGGGAUUCGAUCACGAAGGGCAUCUACAUCAAUCCUAUUGGCAUUCCGAUGAAGCAAACAAAGUUUAUGGACCCACUUAAAGUUUUCUACUUGGAUCAUCUUCGAUCCAUAUGUGCUCGUGCUGAAACGCCAAUUAGUUUAGUUGAGGGAAAAUCUUUAGAUGAGCAUGCUCAUUUUGGUGUUUAUAGUUACUAUGAUAUCGAAACUUAUGAAGUUGCUUCUUGGAUUGAAAAGUAUGAUAUUACUCUCUACAAGUCUGAAAAUUUUGACAUACUUAAAUAUUGCUAUGAAAACUAUGCUCAUAAUGCCUAUGUUCAGGAAUUUAUUAAGAGAAUGACCGUUGCUUUGGAAGAAAAUAAUGAUAUGCACGAAUCUAGAGAUAAUUAUGAUUCCGUUGAUUUGAUUGAAAUAUCCCUUGAUGAACAUGAUGCUUGCUAUUCUUGUGGCGAUGAUGCCAAUAUUUAUGGAGAUGAAUUUGCUAUAGUUCCUUAUGUUAAACAUGAGAUCAUUGCUAUUGCACCCAUACUUGAUAGUUUCUGUAAUCAAAAGCAUGAUUGCAAUGAUGUUAUUAUAAAUUCUGUUAAUGUCAAUUGUGCUAAUAAUAUGCAAAACCCUAAGCUUGGGGAUGCUAGUUUUGCUAUGUCCACUACUUAUUACAAUGAUCAUGAUUGGAGUGAUAAUGCUUCUUAUGAUCUUGAAAAUUUAUUUAAGCCUCAUGAUAAUAAUGUUUGCAAUAAUAUUGAAAGUAGGUUUGGAAGAGUGUCAACUUUAGGAAAUAAUAAUCCCGCUACUUUGGAGUUUGAUCAAUCUUAUGAUUUUUUUUUAUGA